ACAUACCGGAUGUGGUUCUAAAAAAUAAAAAUGUUUAACCUUCAGAAAGGAGAGGCGAACAAGGAUUUAAAAGUAAUAAAUGAACAUGUUGCAGUUGUGGCAGCAGAAACCAGCCUUUUUCAAAGCACCUUCAUAGUCGCUUUGUUUUUCCCGAGGCUCUUCAGCGUGACGCUUUUAUAGAGAAAGGCAUCAGCUGGACGUCACUGAUGUUGCGUUGACGGUUACAACUGUUGCAAAGGAGCGUUCGACUGUUUCACAAUUCCUCCUGAUUUCUAAGCAACGGGGGAUAAAUGUUGUUCGGUCCAACGGAUUUAUCCGAAUGUUUUCGGGAAUGGGAGGAUUUGGAGAAAGAGCACCAGAAUAUUCAGGAAACCCAUCGGCUGUAUAAACAAAAGCUUGAAGAAAUGACAAGACUGCAGAGCAGCUUCUCCAACGCCAUAGCACGGCAGAGGAAGAAACUGAAGGAGCUCAGUCUUCGGUUGAAGAAACGCAAAGAAAAUCAUCGGACGUCCGUGCUGAGCCCAGAGCUGAUGAGUUGCGUCUCUAAGAUAGAAGAGUCCAUCAAAGAAAAAACGAAUGCUUUCUUUGAGAUGGAAGCAUUUCUGCCAAAGAAGAACGGGCUGUACCUCACGCUGGUUCUGGGAAACAUUAACGUAACGCUCCUGAACAAACAGGAAAAGUUUGCAUACAAAAGUGAAUAUGAGAAGUUCAAGCUGGUCCUGACCUUCAUCCUGUUCGUGUUCUCCUUCACAUGUCGCUUUUUGUUCAGCUACAGAGUCCUGGACGCUCUGUUCAACUUCCUGCUGGUGUGGUAUUACUGCACACUCACCAUCCGGGAGAGCAUCCUCAUCAGCAACGGCUCUAGGAUCAAAGGUUGGUGGGUUUUCCAUCACUACGUGUCAGCCUUCCUGUCUGGAGUCAUGCUGACUUGGCCUGAUGGCGCCCUCUACCAGAUGUUCAGAAAUCAGUUUCUAUCCUACAAUCUCUAUCAGAGUUUUGUUCAGUUCCUGCAGUACUACUACCAGAGUGGCUGUUUGUACCGACUCAAAGCGCUGGGGGAGAGACACAACAUGGACCUCACAGUCGAGGGCUUCCAGUCCUGGAUGUGGAGAGGCCUGACCUUCCUGCUUCCCUUCUUGUUCUUCGGCCAAUUUUGGCAGCUGUACAACAGCAUGACGCUUUUCAAGAUGUCCCAGCUCCCAAAGUGCAAAGAGUGGCAGGUGUUGAUGUGUGGCUGCUCCUACCUGACGCUCUUCAUAGGAAACCUGUUCACCACGCUGCGGGUGGUUUACCAGAAAUAUGUAAACAACGCAAACAAGCCCAAGAAAGCAUGAGCACGCCGCAACCAGAACGGACCGCCAACAUGGCCUCUCGGAACCAAACAGAAACCGUGGCAGAGUUCUGAGGAGCUAAAUUUGGGCCAUGACGUUUGUUCAAAAGGAGAAAAAAAAAAAGGAACUAAACAAAAAAGAUGUGAAACUGAAAAAUAUGUUGAAAACUGCUUUUCAGACUCAAUGUCUUUCUUUUGUUUUCCCAGUUUCAGUUUUUUUUCUUCUCUUGAGCAAACUUUCUGGCCCCCAUUUAACUCCAUAGAGUUCCUCUGUCCUCGUGGACCAUUUACUCACUUCGCUGCUCGAAUGUGAUUGGAGGUUCCUGCAUUUCACGUUUGUCUAAAUUGAAAUCAAAUUAACUUUAUUAUUAUAUUGAUUAUUCUUUAAAAAAAAAUCAAGCAGUUUCUUCACAGCUUUCUUUUUCGUGCAGUAGGAAUGACCGUCCAUUUCAGAGAUUGUGAAAGUUUGAAGGGAUGGGUUCAUUUGAAUAAUAUUUAUUUAAAACUUUUGACUUUGCUCAGGAGCUGCUCUGUUAUAAUAAAGAGCUCUGCAAAAUAAAAGUCUCUGAACCUUU